UAAACACCCAGAACUUAAAAAACCCACACCCACUUUCUCUCCCUUCAGCUUCUUCUUCUUAUUCUUGUCCUCUGUUCAAAAAAACGACAUUGGAUUUGCUGUCGUAUAUGACCCAUAUGCCUCGCUCACAGAGAUUCCUCACCACAGCCAACUACACCGCCGCAGCGCCGCCUCCCGAAGCCAUGGCCUUGGAGUCCGACUUCGUCGUCAUCCUGGCAGCUCUCUUAUGCGCCGUCAUAUGCGUCGUGGGGUUAUUAGCCGUGGCCCGCUGCGCGUGGCUGCGACGCGCCCCGGUUCCCGGCGGCCAGUCCCAGGCCUCUUCAGCUGCCAACAAGGGCCUGAAGAAGAAGGUGCUCCAGCAGCUACCCAAGUUCACCUACGGCGACGGAGGACCGGCGGCGCCGCCGAAGAUGGGGUCGGAGUGCGCCAUAUGCCUCGGCGAGUUCGCGGAGGGCGACGAGAUUAGAGCUCUGCCGCAGUGCGGCCAUGUCUUCCACGUCGGAUGCAUCGACACGUGGCUCGGCUCGCACUCGUCGUGUCCGUCGUGCCGGCAGGUCCUGGUGGUGGCGCGUUGUCACAAGUGCGGCAACUUCCCCGCCAUUCCUGAAUCUGAGCCUAAAACUCGGCUGGAUCAUAUUUACCAUUCUGCCCCUCCACCACCACCCUCCACCGCCUCAACUACCACUUGUAGCAACAGCUUCAGUAACAGUAAUAGUUUUGUUUUCUUACCCUAAGAAUCCCCCAAAUCUAAACCCAACCCACCUCUUCUUUCUUCUUCCUCAUAUCAAUCUCUGCUUUGCUGUACUCGAUUUGUGUAUAGACAAUCAUCAAUGGAAAUUUGUGUUUAUUUUCACCGCU